AUGGAUUCCACCGACGCCCGAGGUGAGACCUCUCUGCAGAGCGAUCCAGAAAAACCUGCUUGCGUAUCAUGCCGAACCCGUAAGCUGCGGUGCUCGAGGGAGAAUCCGUCUUGUUCUCGGUGUCUCCGACUAGGUGCUGCAUGUCAUUAUGACUAUACACGAAACAAACCUGGGGUGAAAAUCGGCAUCAUUCAGACAUUGUCUCAACGAGUAGAUUCACUACAAGCCGAAUUGGAAUCAGUGAAAGCUGAGCAGCAGACAGUUAGCACUGCUUUGGGCUCUCUGAAUGCUGGAAAUGAUGCAAGCGCUAUCAGAAGCUUGGUAUCCUCUUUGAUGAAGGAGUGGCGGGUGAAUAAUGAUCUUCCCCAAACUCAACGGCCGCUCUCUCGCCACGAGGUAGAGGCUGUUGAUAAUCCACACUCACGCGAUUCCGUUGUGCCACCUACAAGCCAUGAGCCUUCCAACAAGAGACGGUGCCCUGACUCCAAAAGCAGAGAGAGCAGCAGUCCAUUAAUAGCACAGCUUCCUCCAGAUAAUCUGGUCCAUGCUGUUCUUGACGCUUACUUCUCCGUAGUACAUCCGUUUAUUCCCAUGAUUCACGAAUUAUUUUUUCGCUCUCGCCUUCGUGAUACAACCGAAAGGCCAAAGCUUGUUGUUUUGAUUCAUGCCAUGAUGGUUUGCGCGCUGAGAUACGUUGCAAAUGAGCGACUGGCGCGAGACUGGCUUGAGGUGCACCCUGAUGCCUUGAAGAGAUCCCGAGAGCUUGUAGUCCUGUCAGCGAUGGAAGGCAUGUCCGUAGAGAAUGUCCAAGCACUAUCAAUAGUGGCAUUUGUUCACAUUAGCGAUGGCGAUGCAAACAAGGCAUGGCCAAUGAUAGGAACACUUGCCCGGGAAGUCGUCUAUCUUGGUCUUCAUACUGAGCCGGGUGAAGAUCAACCAGGCGACCCUUGCCUAAGUUCAUUCCAUUCGCUAUCACCGGCUCAAGUGUGGACAGAGGCCGAAGAGCGAAGGCGCGUCUUUUGGAAUGUUUUUCUCUUGGAUCGAUGGAACUUGAGUCUCUCUGCUGAGGACGUCCAAGUUAGACUCCCAUGUGACGGACUUUACUGGGUCAAAGAGGAACCAGUCAUCACGCCGUUCUUCAACAUUUGGGACUCUUCUGCCGGUAAACUGGGAAAAUCCGUUUCCUUCUUACCAAACCACUUUAAAUCUCUUGCCGAUAAAGAGAUUCCCAAGUCUGUACACGGAUCCCCAGCCCCAGAGACGCGCAAGGUGGAUGCUUCAACUAUCGGCUCGUUUGCGCACUGCGUUGAGGCUACCGAGUCUCUCAAUCGUGUUGUCAAAUUUUUUCUACAGCAGUCAGUCGAUUUUGAAAGAAGGCGAGAAUUUAAUGCAUGGUUGACAAGAUUCAAGGAGUUUGACCUUCAAUUGAUACAGUAUGUAUCCUGGAAGAAAUUAUUGCUAAUCAAAUAUGAAGCUAAUGUUUUAUAUUUAAGCUGGAAAAUGUUUCUCCCGCGACGGUGGAAAGACUCCAAUAUUUCGAAAGAACCAUCUUUCGUGCAUAUGGACCCCAAUCUUACUCUAGCACACAUCACUCAUAACACGUCUAUGAUCUUGCUGCAUCAAAGCAUCGCUUACCCCUGUGCGAACAUUAUAGAGAAGCUGAGAUUAGCAAGCACUGGGAGUGUUGAAACCUGCCAACUUGCAGCAUCUGAGACGGCCAACAUUGUCCAGAAGUACUUGCAAUAUACGCCUUUUGUCGGUUUGGUAAAUCCGCAGUUCUCGUUUUGCACAUUUAUCAGUGCUCGGGAGCGCGGAUUACUCACACCGAGACCGAGCUCAUUAGCACACGCCCAUAUAAAUUGUACCGAACUUCCAGAGGCCUAUGAUAUUCUACUAUCUAGUUUGCAACAAAUAUCAGACCGCUGGGUCUCGAUGAAUCCAAGUCUCAAAUUGAGCUCUGGGACACGCAACUUUGCCGAAGGCCUGCUUGUUCAACUUCGAACCGUCCAAGAGAAAGUUGGAUCUUUUUCAUUUGACAUAGCUGCAUCUGAUUAUAUUACUGAGGUCAAUUCCGCCCUAGGGAUGAAAGCACCAGCCGCCAGCCCAGGCGAAAGCCAAUGGCUUCAAGAAUGUCGCGCACAGCAACGCCAUAGUAUUAUACCGCUCAAUGCAAGGCAAUCUCAUUACCUUGAUACCGGCCGACUGCGACGUGGGUCUAAUCAACAGGACCCUCAAAUCGAUACGUAA